AUGCCCGCGCUGUCCCCGACGAUGACCCAGGGUAACAUCGCCGAGUGGAAGAUCGCCGCGGGCGAUAAGGUCAACGCCGGCGACGUCAUCGCCGACAUCGAGACGGACAAGGCGACGAUGGCGCUCGAGUCGAUGGAGGAUGGGUACGUCGCGAAGAUCCUCGUGCCCGCGGGUGCGACCGACGUCAAGGUGGGCGAGCUGGUGGCGAUCAUGGUCGACGAGGAGAACGACUGCGCCAAGUUCGCGGAUUUCACGCCCGGCGCGGCCGCGCCCGCGGCCGCGGCGGCGCCCCGCGCGGCGCCGAGCGGCUCGCGCGUGUUCGCCAGCCCCAAGGCGCGCGCGAUGGCCGAGGCUGCGGGCGUCGCGAUCGAGCGGAUAGCCGGCACGGGUCCCAACGGUCGCGUCGUCAUGGCCGACGUCCAGACGGCUAUUCGCGACGGAGUCCCGUCGGCCACAGUCGCCUCGGCAACCUCCGGCGAUACCUCGGCUGGCUUUGCCAAAUUCUUCCCCCCGUUCGAAGACGUGAGCGUGAGCACGAUCAAGAAGGUCACGGCGCAGAGGCUGACGGAGAGCAAGCGCACCGUUCCUCACUUUUACCUCAGCGUCGACGUCCGGAUGGAUCGGCUGAUGGCGAUGCGAAGCUCGCUCAACGGCGCGCUUCAGUCCGACGGCGGAUCGAAGAUCUCCGUGAACGACUUCGUGGUCAAGGCGUCCGCGCUGUCGCUCAAGAAGGUCCCCGACGUCAACGCCAGCUGGAUGGGCGAUAAGAUUCGCCGGUACCAAAAGGCUGACAUCUCCGUCGCGGUUCAGACGGAUCUCGGCUUGAUGGUCCCGGUGGUUCGCGGCGCGUGCGGCUUGGGACUUUCCGGAAUCUCCGGCGAGGUGAGGCUGCUCGCGGGGAAGGCCAAGGACGGUAAGCUGUCCGCGACGGACAUGAUCGGCGGCACGUUCACGAUCAGCAACCUGGGCAUGUUCGGCAUCAAGCAGUUCGCCGCCAUCGUCAACCCGCCGCAGGCGGCUAUCCUCGCGGUGGGAGCCGCGAGGAAGGAGGUCGUGAAGAAGGCGGACGGGAGCGGGUACGAGGAGGCGCUGAUGAUGAGCGCGACGCUGAGCUGCGAUCACAGGGUGGUGGACGGUGCCGUCGGCGCGCAGUGGCUAGGGGCGUUCAAGAGCUACAUGGAGGACCCGGUCACCAUGCUACUGUAG